AUGGACAAUCCAGAUACAAUAGAAAGUUAUAAAAUUGUAUUAGUAGGUGAUGCAAGUGUAGGAAAAACAAAUCUUUUAAAAAGAUAUGUAAAAAAUUAAUUGCCUUAAAAUCCUGCACCAACAAUAGGAGUUGAAUUUGCGACAAAAUAAGUUGUUUUAAAAGAUGGUGUUAAAAUUAAAACUUAAAUUUGGGAUACCGCUGGUUAAGAAAGAUAUAGGUCUAUAACAAGUGCACAUUAUAGAAGAGCCGUAGGAGCAUUAUUGGUAUAUGAUAUUACAAAAGAAAAAUCUUAUAGUUCAGUAACUAAAUGGAUGGAAGAUUUGAAAUAUUAAGCUGAUCCAGAUAUUGUGAUAUUUUUGGUUGGAAACAAACUUGAUUUAGUUGAAAAGAACGAAUCUGCAAGAAAAGUAAGCAAAGAAGAAGCAAGAAAUUUCGCUUUGGAAAAUAAAAUGUUUUUCGAAGAAACUUCUGCUGUUACAGCUUAAAAUGUAAAUGAAGUUUUUGAAAAAUUAUUAUAAGAAAUAUAUAAUCAUAAAAACCAAAAAAAUCAUAAUGGAUAAGAUAAUGGAAUUAAAAUCGAUGACGGUAAUAAACAUAAUAAUGGAUAAUAACCAUGUUAAUGUUGAAAAAUAUAAAAUAAAAUAUAUAAUAAGAUAUUUUUAUAAGAAAUACAAAUACAAAUAACAAUAUAAUAUAAACUAAAAAAUAAACAAAUGCAUUUUUUUUUGGAA